AUGAUUUUUUGGGGACCUCCCGGAUGCGGCAAGACGACUUUAGCACAGCUUUUAUGUCGGUCGUUGACUCAUUCUGGCCUCCCAUGGCGCCAUACGAAGCUAAGCGCUGUCAAUGCUGGAGUCAACGAUUUACGAAGAGCACUGAAAAGCUACUACCCGCAAGUAGCAGUGGACGAGUCGACCGGAGAUCUGCUGAGAAUUCUGGCGGAAUUUGGUAUGGGCGACGUCAGAGCGUCGCUGAAUGCGCUAGAGUUGGCCUGUGAUCUGGCCAUGAUGGGUCCUCGCUGUGGGGAGGCAGCCUUAUUUGGUCUUCGACGAGAACACAUUGAAGAGGCUAUGGCGACUUCUUCUUCCGGAAGGCACAGACUGCUGGGCUAUGACAAGAACGGUGACAUCCACUAUGAUCUCGCCAGUGCAUUGCAGAAGUCCAUAAGAGGCUCUGAUAAAGAUGCUGCAGCGUAUUGGACGACCAGAAUGUUGCUGGGUGGGGAGCCUCCUGAGUACGUGUCACGGCGGUUAAUGAGAAUCGCCAGUGAAGACGUUGGUCUAGCCGAUCCACAGGCGUUGCAGCUAGCGGCUGCAGCUCACACUGUGACUAUGGCCACUGGCAUGCCCGAGUGCUCUACAGCUCUGCUGGAGGUAGCCCUCUACCUGUGCGAUGCUCCUAAGAGCAAUGCUGUGUAUGUGGCGUACAAGAACGCAUCGAAGGCCAUUGAAAAAGCUAUGACUGAUUCAGAAGUGCCACUGCAUCUACGGAACGCUCCGACAGGGCUGAUGAAGGAGCUGGGGUAUGGCCGCGAAUAUAUCUACACUAACGAGCCACGACCGACGCAACCAGGGGAACUCGCACCCGAGCAGACGUGGGUGGAUGCUAGUAUCUUCCCUUUCCAAAGGCUCCUGUCAGAUAUCUUCCAGCUGGCUUGCAGAGAGGCGAUAUAUUUCCAGAAGAAUUCUAUGACCGGCGUGGUGACCGGACAAAUGUGUCUAUUGAGAAGUGACUAUGAUAUCGAUGUAUUGUGUUUUCUAGUGAUGACGGUGUCCGUCCCGUUGAAAAUAUAUGCCUUUGAUUAUGAGGGCAUGAACGCUUCGGCCUCACGUUAA